AUGCAACAGCACCAUCAUCAAAUACAGCAACAACAACAACAGCUACAACAACAACAACAACUACAACAACAACAACAACACCAGCAACAACAGCAACAACAGCAGCAACAACAGCAACGGCAGCACCAACAGACCCAUCAACAAGCUACUCCUCCACCGCAACUUUCUGGACCUCAGUAUCAACAACGCGACAAGGCAUAUCAAGAUAUUCUGAACACUCAACAUAAACGACAUUUACAAUUGGCACAAGAGAAGAAACGUGAUAUUGAAGUUAGUACUAUGGAAAGACGUACUCGUAUUCAAGGUCCUAAUGGUGUUAUAGCUACAUUUGGUCCUGGCUAUCAAGGUUUUGGUAACGGUACCACUGGUAUACAAAGCAAGAUUAUCUAUCCUCGUGAUAAAAAACGAGAAGACAACUUGGUACCAAUACGACUAGAAUUUGAAUCUGAUGGAUACAAACUACGGGAUACCUUUACUUGGAAUUUGAAUGAACAAUUAGUGACACCUGAACAAUUUGCAGAAGUGAUGUGUGAAGAUUUACGAUUGCCCCCAGGAUCAUUUAUACCUCUAAUUUCAAGAGCGAUUCGAGAUCAAGUACAAGAUUAUUAUCUACAUGCUGCAAGUAUGAAAUCAAAAGAGACCGCGGAAUUGCGAAUGCUAAUCAAACUUGAUAUUACAGUUGGACACAAGGCAUUGAUCGAUCAAUUUGAAUGGGAUAUCAGUUGUCCACAAAAUUCACCGGAAGAAUUUGCAGAAGUAUUAUCUAGUGAUCUUGGAUUAGGUGGAGAAUUCAAAACGGCAAUUGCACAUUCUAUUCGGGAACAAGUCCAUGUGUAUACCAAAUCAUUAUUACUAGUGGGUCAUGAAUUUGAUGGACCUGUUGUGGAUGAUGACCUCAAGCAUAGUUUCUUACCAUUAUUGAAAGGUGUUAUACGUGAAGCGGAUGCUGUGGAGAAAUUCUCGCCUUCAAUAUUAGAAUUGACAGAUGCAGAACUUCAAAAGAAUGAAAAAGAUCGAUUACGUGAAGCAAGACGAAAACGACGACAAACAAGAGGAAGGCGAGGAAUCAUUUUACCGGAUCGCGAACCACUGAAAACAAACCGUACAACACAUGAAACUCAACCAGAACAAGAAUUAACGGAUGAACAAUUUUUUGCCAAUAUGAAUGGAAAUGCCAUGGUGAAUGGAGGAAGAGGAAAUACACCUAUUCAAGAAGCCAUGCAUUCGCAACGUCGUAGUGCUUUACGUGCAAGAGCCAAUAUUGCUGCUGAAGCUGCUGGAUAUCUACCUGGAAAUCAAACACCUCCUCAAUCAUCACCCAUUUAUUCAAAUUCAACCCAUUAG